AGUACAGUGGCGCGCCUUGGUUCGACAAGGUACCUUACUGUACCCUACCGGGUGUUCGAGAUUCGAGAGUGAAUCCAUCGCGUAUGAAUUGUCGUGUGUCAUUGCAAGACAAAGUUUACAUGUUUUUCAUAUUUUAUCGCUAAAAUUCCUUUUAAUUAUCAUAUGUUGACGUUUGUGUGAUUAUGUGUUAUCACCGUAAGUGUGCCCGAGGUGUAUGAUAAGGGUGUCGUUGUAUGGUGGGUGUAGGACGGCAGCAUGGGGGACAGUUUCCUGCACCUGGGGGACAUCGUGUCCCUCUUCGCGGAGGGCUCUGUCUCAGGCUUUCUCAGUACUUUGGGGUUGGUAGAUGACAGAUGCGUCGUGUGCCCGGAGGCCGGCGAUCUGACUGAUCCGCCCAAAAAGUUCCGUGAUUGCCUGUUCAAGAUAUGCCCUAUGAACCGAUACUCCGCGCAGAAGCAGUUCUGGAACACAGCCAAGCAGUCGGCGAACGCUAACGCGGACACCGACACGGGACUGCUCAAGAGGUUGCAUCAUGCCGCUGAAAUAGAGAAGAAGCAGAAUGAACUGGAGAACAAGAAGUUGUUGGGGACAGUCGUGCAGUACGGCAGCGUUAUACAGCUGUUGCACGUCAAAUCCAACAAAUAUCUUACUGUGAACAAGAGAUUGCCCGCGUUGCUUGAGAAGAACGCGAUGCGGGUACAUUUAGACGCAAAUGGAAAUGAAGGCUCGUGGUUUUAUGUAAUGCCUUUUUAUAAACUGCGAUCGACUGGGGACAAUGUGGUGGUUGGUGAUAAAGUGAUUAUGAACCCGGUAAAUGCGGGCCAGCAAGUCCUACACGUGUCGUCCAACCACGAGCUACCGGACAACGUGGGCUGCAUGGAGGUUAACGUCGUGAACUCCUCAACGUCAUGGAAGGUGACACUCUUCCUGGAGCACAAGGAGAACCAGGAGGAGAUCCUGAAGGGUGGAGAUGUGGUGCGGCUGUUCCAUGCGGAGCAGGAGAAAUUCCUGACCAUGGAUGAGCAUCAGAAGCGGCAGCACGUCUUCUUGCGGACUACUGGCAGGUCAAGUGCCACUGCUGCUACGAGCAGCAAGGCGCUCUGGGAGAUAGAGGUAGUGCAACAUGACCCAUGCCGCGGUGGUGCGGGUCAUUGGAACUCCAUAUUCCGCUUCAAGCAUCUCGCCACUGGACACUACCUCGCCGCUGAGGCCUGUCUUAAAGCGCCUGACGCGCCGCUAGAGAGCGGUGAGCCGGCGUACCAGCUGGUGUCGGUGCCGCACUCCUCAGAGAUCGCCACACUCUUCGAGCUGGACCCCACCACUAUGACGCAUUCCGACGCUGCAGUACCUCAGAGCAGCUACGUCAGAUUACAGCACUUAUGCACACACACGUGGGUGCACUCUACAUCCAUACCAAUUGACAAGGAAGAAGAGAAACCUGUCAUGUCCAAGGUCGGAUGUUCAAUAGUAAAAGAGGAUAAAGAAGCAUUUGCUUUAAUAUCAGUGUCUCCCAGCGAAGUGAGAGAUCUAGACUUCGCGAACGACGCGUGCAAAGUGCUGUCGGCCUUGUCGACCAAACUUCACCACGGGAAUAUAGAGCAUAAUGAGAUGAAAGCUCUAACCUGUCUACUACAAGACAUCGUAUACUUCAUAGCGGGCUUCGAGAAUGAGCCCAACAAGUCCAAAGCCCUGGAUCUGGUGGUGGAGAACCCCAAUAGGGACCGCCAGAAGCUGCUGCGAGAACAAUACAUACUGCGGCAGCUGUUUAAAAUUCUACAGGGCCCAUUCCAAGAGAGUUCGGAGGGCGGUGGGGAGCCGUUUCUGAAGAUCGAGGAGUUAUACGACCCUCGCUACGCACCAUACAAGUGCAUCUUCAGGCUGUGCUACCGCAUCCUGCGCCUCAGCCAGCAGGACUACAGGAAGAACCAGGAAUACAUAGCGAAGCACUUCGGCUUCAUGCAAAAGCAAAUUGGAUACGACAUCCUCGCGGAGGACACCAUCACCGCGCUGCUGCACAACAACCGGAAACUGCUGGAGAAGCAUAUAACCGCUUCGGAGAUUGAGACAUUCGUUGGUCUCGUACGUAAGAAUAUGAAGACAUGGCAAUCACGGUUUUUGGACUAUUUGAGUGAUCUCUGCAUUUCCAAUAAGAAGGCAAUCGCGGUGACACAGGAGUUGAUAUGCAAGAGUGUCCUCUGCGCUAACAAUGCUGACAUACUUAUAGAGACUAGAUUGGUUUCAACAAAAUACGAACGUUCAUCGGAAGUCGAGGAGACGGAGAACAAAUACACGGUUGAAGAUGAAGUGAUGCUGUUAUGGAACAACAAGAAAAGUUCCCGUCUGCUAUCAGAGCUGGCGACGGAGGCCCGCCUGGAGCCGCGCAGCGAGGCGGCCGCAGUGCUGGACUACUACCGGCACCAGCUCGACCUGUUCUCCAACAUGUGUCUCAACAGACAGUACCUCGCACUCAACAGCCUCUCCGCGCAGCUGCACAUCGAUCUCAUACUCAAAUGCAUGUCAAACGCGGGCCUGUCGCAGGAGUUGCGCGCGUCCUUCUGCCGGCUGAUGCUGCACCUGCACGUGGACCGCGACCCGCAGGAGCCCGUCACGCCCGUCAAGUACGCGCGGCUGUGGAGCGACGUCUGCGACACCAUACACGUGCACGAUUACCAGUGCGUGAAGGGGGGUCCGGACGCGACGCGGGAGAAGGUGAAGGCGCAGUUCGCGUCCACCAUCCGCUUCGUGGAGAACUACCUCUGCCGCGUCGUCACCAGCACCUGGUACUUCAGCGACCACGAUCAGAACAAACUCACCUUCGAAGUCGUCAAAUUGGCCAGAGAACUGAUAUACUUCGGAUUUUAUAGCUUCAGCGAUUUAUUACGUUUAACAAAAACGUUACUCAGUAUACUAGACUGUGUCACCGCUAUGGACCUGCUGAAUGAAACCAGUCCUCUUGCUGGAGAAGUGGAAUCUGAGGGCGGCGUACUCCGCAGUAUAGGCGACAUGGGCGCGGUGAUGACCUCCAUCACUCUAGGCUCCGUAGCUCGCAACGUGGGCGGCCCACAGCACGAGCCCCGCCCAUUUACAAUGCAGUGGUCGACUUUCGAAGACCUCUCCUCCACGGUGGGCAGUGGGAACGGCGGCGUGCAGGGCAGCCCCUCCGCGCUGGCGCUGGCUCGCAAACACCCGCUCGUUAUGGAAACGAAGCUCAAAAUUAUUGAAAUAUUACAGUUCAUCCUAGACGUCCGACUGGACUACCGCAUCAGCUGUCUGCUCUCCAUCUUCAAGAAGGAGUUCGAGCAGUCCUCAGAGAGACAAGCGGACAGCUUGGCGCGAGCUGAUGUGGAGGCUAUAGGUCUGCAGGCUGAAGGCAUUUUCAGUUGUCGGGAUGGUUUGGAUCUGGACGAAUGCGGAGGCCGUAUGGUACUACGGGUUUUACUCCAGCUGUGCUCGCAAGGCGCGUCCGCGGCGCUAGUGUCGGGCGCACUCGCGCUGCUCUUCCGACACUUUAGCCAGAGACAGGAGGUGCUGGCUGCAUUCAAACAGGUGCAAUUGCUGGUGUCAGACGCGGAUGUAGAGUCAUAUAAGCAGAUUAAAGCGGAUUUGGACGUGCUGCGGCAGAGCGUUGAAAAGUCUGAACUAUGGGUAUUCAACAAGGGCCGCGCUGGUGCACUCGACGACCAUACCGAGCUGAAAGGCACAGUGGGUCCGGGCGGCGCAGUGUUGGAGCGCAAUGCUUCACUAGACAAUGUAUUGGACACUUCACGCGCACACAAAUACGACCACAUGCACGAAUACGAGAAAAUCAAAGAGAUUCUUCAGCGCAUGAUAAAAUACUGCACGCAAGGUAACAGCGGCGGCGGGGACACGGGCAAGCCGCGCCGCCACGAGCAGCGGCUACUCCGAAAUAUUGGUGUGCAUAACAUCGUGCUGGACCUCCUCCAGGUGCCUCAUGAUGAAGACGACGCAGCAAUGGACGAGCUGCUGGCCCUCGCUCACGAGUUCCUACAGCGCUUCUGUCACGGCAACCAGCAGAACCAGGCCAUCCUGCACAAACACCUCGACCUAUUCCUCAACGCAGGGAUCCGUGAAGCUCAAACGGUGUGUGCAAUCUUCGAGGAGAAUCCCGCGCUAUGCGCUCACGAGGGUAACGACAAGGUGGCGGCCCAUUUCGUACACUGCAUAGAAACUCGCGGCCGCCGCCCCGCAUACCUGCACUUCCUGAGGACUAUCGUACGCGCCGCGGGACAGCACAUCCGCCGCAGCCAGGACCUGGUCAUGCAGGAGAUGGUGAACGCGGGUGAAGACGUGUUGGUGUUCUACAACGACAAGGUGUCCUUCAACUACUUCAUACAGAUGAUGCGCCAGUACAAGCAGACCGAUGAGAUGCCUGAAGCGUUAAGGUACCACAUCCAGCUGGUGAAGCUAUUGACAUGCUGCACGCUCGGCAAGAACGUGUACACGGAGAUCAAGUGCCACAGUCUGCUGCCGCUGGACGACAUCGUGGCCACCAUCACACACCCUGACUGCAUUCCAGAGGUGAAAGAAGCGUACGUGGGUUUUCUGAACCACUGCUACAUCGACACUGAGGUGGAGAUGAAGGAGAUCUACUCCAGCAACUAUAUGUGGGAUCUAUUCGAGCGGUCCUUCCUUCAGGACAUGCAGGCGAUACUGCACAGCGACGCCAGGGCAUACGCCGUGCCUAGCACGUCUACAGACGAGGUGUUCUCGCCGCAGAAGUCGUGUGCGAGCAGCACGCAGCGCGCCUGGCUCGCCUACGUCACCGACGUCCUCAUGCACACUAUCUGCACCUUCUUCAACUCGCCCUUCAGCGACCAGAGCACCACUGUACAGACACGGCAGUCGAUCUUCGUGAAGCUGCUGCAGACGACGUUCCGCAUCUACCAGUGCCCCUGGCUCACACCACCUCAGAAACUCAACGUCGAGAAAUGCAUACGUACAUUGAGCGAAGUCGCGAAGAGUCGCAGUAUCGCCAUACCGCUGGAGCUGGAGGCGAAGAUCCAGACGGUGUUCGAGAAGGCGGCCGCGCUCUCCCGACAGACCAGCAAGUGGCUGCAGGCCUCCAAGACCUCCAAGCUGGAGAAGAUGGCCUCACAGUCGAACCUGCAGAACGACCGCUCCGUGAUGGAAGGUCUGCAGGAGAUCGUGUGCCUGCUGGAGGAGCAGCUGCGGCCGCUGCUGCAGGCGGAGCAGUCGCUGCUGGUGGACAUCCUCUACCGCCCCCACAGGCUGUUUACUGGCCCCGGCGAGCUGGCACAUCCGGAUACCAGCGGGAUAUUCAUAUCCAGAUUAAUCCGACACACAGAGAAGCUUCUAGAAGAGAAAGAAGAAAAGCUGUGCGUGAAAGUGUUGCGUACACUCAGAGAGAUGAUGGCUGUGGACCCGGAGUAUGGUGAAAAGGGCAACCAGUUGCGAAACAAGUUGCUGUCCCAAUACUUUGUGAAUCGUAAGUCCGAGGCCAAGAUCCAGCCGCCGCAGCCCCCGCCCGCCGCCACACACGGCCCUGGAGCCAAGGUGCUGCUGCGCACGGGGCAGACGCUGUCCCAGGUGCAGGCACACCUGGACCGCGAAGGUGCCUCCGACCUGGUGGUGGAGCUGGUCAUCAACAGCGUCAACAGACCUGCCAUCUUCCUUGAAGCUAUACAACUUGGUAUCGCUCUACUGGAGGGUGGCAACCCUAUCAUACAACGCAGUAUAUUUACUAAGUUGCAAAAUGGUGAAAUAUCACAAUCUUUCUUAAAGGUAUUCUACGACAAGAUGCGCGAGUCGCAGCAGGAGAUCAGGUCGCUGGCCACCAGCAGCACUGCGGGCGCCGCCGACAAGCGCGCCUCCGCCGCAGACAAACAGAAGCACAGCCCCGCUGAAGGCAAGCCGUCACCAGGUCCGAUAGUGGUGGGCGAGGACAUGGAUGAUGAGAUCAGCAACGCGUGCGGCUCCGCCGUGCACGCGUACUCUGAUAUACACACUAUAUCACAUGGUACGACAGUUCUAGAAGAGAUAAUGUCGGAGAAGAAGCGCGAGGCGAGCAACAGCGACGUGCUGCCGCCCAAGGUGGCGGUGAUGCGGCCCAUCCUGCGCUUCCUGCAGCUGCUCUGCGAGAACCACAACCCUGACCUACAGAAUUUACUACGGAAUCAAAACAACAAAAGCAACUACAAUUUAGUAUCGGAGACGCUGAUGUUCUUAGACUGCAUAUGCGGCUCCACCACUGGCGGGCUCGGCCUGCUGGGACUGUACAUCAAUGAGGGGAACGUGGCCCUCAUCAACCAGACCCUAGAGACACUCACAGAAUACUGCCAAGGUCCUUGCCAUGAGAAUCAAAAUUGCAUAGCAACACACGAGAGCAACGGUCUAGACAUCAUAACAGCGUUAAUACUGAACGAUAUCAACCCGCUGGGGAAGACGCGUAUGGACCUCGUGCUGGAACUCAAGAACAACGCUUCUAAACUCCUGCUCGCUAUCAUGGAGUCCAGGAACGACUCCGAGAACAAUGCUGAAAGAAUAUUGUACAAUAUGAACCCGGAACAAUUGGUGGAUGUUGCAUGCUCCGCAUUCAACCAAGAGCACGCGAUGGACGCAGACUCCGACUCCGAAGAUGACGCGCCAGUCCAAGGCGUGUCUCCUAAAGAAGUGGGUCAUAACAUCUACAUCCUGUGUCACCAACUUGCUGGCCAUAACAAGGAGUUAGCAGCGCUGGUGCGCGCCACGCCCUCUGGUGUCAACGCACCCGCCCUACAAUACUACCGUACUCACACCGCACAGAUUGAGAUAGUGCGAACAGACCGUAGUAUGGAGCAGAUAGUGUUCCCUAUCCCGGAGAUCUGCGAGUACCUGCCGGCGGACAGCAAGCACCGCGUGCUGCAGACAGCGGAGCGCGACGACCAGGGCAGCAAGGUGGCAGACUUCUUCUCGCGGCUUGAUAACCUCUUCCAUGAGAUGAAGUGGCAGAAGAAGCUUCGCGGGCAACCGUUCCUGUUCUGGGUGUCGUCGUACAUGUCACUAUGGAGCAACAUCUUAUUCAACUUCGCAGUACUGAUCAACGUAAUCGUUGCAUUCUUCUAUCCAUUCCAAGAAGAAAAUCCAAAGCUGGGCCAGCACCUGUCGCUGGUGGUGUGGUGCGUGUCGCUGGCGGCGGGCACGCUGGUGGCCUGCCUGCCGCGCUCGUCGGGCGCGCGCGCGCUGCUCGCCAGCGCCAUCGUGCGCCUCAUCUACUCCGCGGGGCCCGAGCCCACGCUGUGGGCGCUCGGCAUGCUCACCAUCGUGGUGAAGGGCAUCCACCUGGUUAGCAUCAUGGGCAACCAGGGCACGUUGUCCAAGUCGACGCGGAACGUGAUCACGGACCCCGAGCUGCUCUACCACAGCGUCUACCUCUGGUUCUGCUUCCUCGGCAUCUGCUGUCAUCCAUUCUUCUUCUCUGUGCUUUUGCUCGACAUCGUGUACCGCGAGGAGACGCUGUUGAACGUGAUGCGGUCGGUCACCCGCAACGGGCGGUCCAUCCUGCUGACGGCCGUGCUGGCGCUGGUGCUCGUCUACAUGUUCUCCAUCGUAGGCUACAUGUUCUUCCGCGACCACUUCCUGCUCAACGUCGACCGGCUCGAUGACGACGAGGAGCCGCGGUUCUCGGAGCGCUGCGAGGGCGUGCCGGGGGCGCCGGGGGGGCCGGCCAGCAAGUACCAGCAGGCGCCGCGCUUCGUGUCGGUGGGCGGGUCGCUGCGGGAGCGCAGCUGCGACUCGCUCAUCAUGUGCAUCGUCACCACGCUCAACCAGGGCCUGCGCAACGGCGGCGGCAUCGGCGACAUACUGCUCGCGCCCGCCAGCUAUGAGCCAUUAUUCGUUGCACGCGUCGUGUACGAUCUACUAUUCUACUUCGUGGUGAUCGUGAUCGUGCUGAAUCUAAUAUUCGGUGUGAUCAUCGACACCUUCGCAGACCUGCGCAGCGAGAAGCAGCAAAAAGAACUUAUAUUGAAGAACACAUGUUUUAUAUGUGGGUUGAACAGGUCAGCCUUUGACAACAAGACUGUCUCGUUCGAGGAGCACAUAAAGAGCGAGCACAACAUGUGGCACUACCUCUACUUCAUGGUGCUGGUGCGCGUCAAGGACCCCACAGAGUUCACCGGCCCUGAGAGCUACGUGCACUCCAUGAUAAAAUCCAACAACCUAGACUGGUUCCCCCGGCUGCGCGCGCUGUCGCUGAUGGGCGGGGGUGAGGGCGAGGGCGGGGAGGUGGAGCUGCGCGCGCUGCAGGCGCAGCUGGAGCGCGCGCAGGCCGCCGUGCGCACGCUCACCGACCUCCUCACGGAGCUGCGCGACCAGAUGACAGAACAACGUAAGCAGAAGCAACGCAUCGGUCUGCUCAACUCCACCUCCGCCUACCUGCAGAACUUGCAGAUGAACCUGCCGCCGUGACCCGCCCCCGCCGCGCACACGCGAUACGCCCUUUAGACAAUAUCUUUUAGAAAAUCACGUUAAAUCUAUAAAAUAACUAUCCAAUUGACACACUUACUGUUAUAUCACGUCCUUUAGUGUGGAUUUCUUAUACCAAAUCAACACUUAAGUCUAUUAGUGAUUUUUAGCAAAGUGUGAAAUUUAAUUGUUUUAGCCAAAGGCGUUUAAGGUUUGUUGUUAACGCACAAUCGACUUUAUUACGUAGCAUCACGGGUUAUUUUCAGUUUUCAAUGACACACGACAUUCAUUAACUAGGAAAACAAUUUUUUUUAACUAAAUAAGUCAAACGAAAAUUAAUAGAGUUGGAUUCGAGGCUCUAGAGAUCUCUGACUAUUAAAAAAAAAACAAUUUUAUUUUUAAUGUAGAUAAAAUUUAUCCAUAUGUAUUCGACUAAAACGUCCUUUAUGUAGUUUUAUCCAAGUUUUAUCUUUAAAAAGGUAAUAUGUCAAUGAUAUUGACAGUUGUUUGACAGAUCGCCAGAAUCUCCCGCCAUUUUCAUGUCCGACAGAUUCAUUAUAAAAUCAACCUUACGUUUAUUUGUUAAGUAUCAAUGUUGAGGCUUACAACGUUUAGUAAUAAAGUUGGUAGCAAUAAUUAGUUAACACAAAGUAUAUAAAAAUAGAGAAAGAGUAAACAUUAAAUUGUAUACGGAUAAUGGCAACAUUAGCUAGGAAUAAUUAUGAACAAGUUUGUGACUUAGAAUAAUCGACGAUGGAGUGGGCUGUUUUAGAAAUAACUUUUCUUCUAUUUACUUCAAGAUAUCUUUUUUCACUAUUGUUAUUCAUUUUUUUAUUGUUGAUCAUAUUUUAAGUCUAUCAAGUUAUUCAAAUUAUAUUAACCGAUAUUGUUAUUUUCGCCACUUGGCAAUGCCUUUCUUAUAUCCUUUGAUAUACUUAGGUAUAUAAUAGCUCAAAUCCGUUACCUAUUUAAUAUAAGAAAAAUCGAAUAUUAUUUUUAAAAUAUCAUACAGAUCUGAAAAAUUGUGUUUAAAACUGGCAAUACCAAUUAAGUUUAACAAUUCUAUUGUUAGAUUUAUCCGACAGUUUUAGGUUAUGUGACGAAACAAUGGUUGUUCUUGACGUAAUGUUUCCCGCCAUUUUGGGAAACCAUCGACAAGAAAGGUGUUUCUAGAAGAAACUGUCAAAUGUUUUUUUUAUAUUUUUUAUUAACACUUAUUGGACAAAGGUAUAUGAAGAUUCCCGUUUUAUCUCUAUAAUAGAGAAUAAAAGCUAGUUUUAACA